AUUAUUAUAGUGCUCUCCACAAAGUAGUAUUUGUAGUCCGUCAUGAACAUCAAGGUAGCUGCAGUCUGCAAACCACCUCAAACUCUCGCCAUAACUUAUUCAGAAUGAAAUGCAUGGAAGCUUCAAUAUCUUGGACUGUUUUCACCCUGUCAUGGCUAUUCCUUGUGGUUUUUCUGACAAAAUUCUUGUUUUCCCAACUACACAAACUGAAUCUAAAAUUUCCACCCGGUCCAAAACCCUGGCCUAUUAUUGGUAACCUCAACCUCAUCAAUGGUCCUCUACCUCAUCGAUCGCUUCACAAAUUAUCCCAAACUUAUGGCCCUAUAAUGCAGCUCAAGUUUGGCUCCUACCCGGUUGUAGUUGCUUCCUCUGCAGAAAUGGCAAAACAGUUUCUGAAAACACACGAUCAUGUCUUUGCCUCUAGACCACGAACUGCAGCAGGCAAGUAUAUUACUUAUAACUACCUCAACAUCACUUGGUCGCCUCAAGGUCUUUAUUGGCGCCAAGGCCGCAAGAUCUUCCUCACCGAGCUAUUCAGCUCGAAAAGGCUCGAGUCCUCUACAUACAUCCGUGUUGAGGAACUUCAGGCUUUUAUCUCACGACUGUAUGCUUUGUCGGGAAAGCCAGUCAUGCUGAGAGACCAUUUGUCACGCCUAACUCUUAGCAUUAUGAGUAGAAGUGUGAUGGGGAAGGAGUACUUCAGGGAACCUGAGUUUCAGCGUUUGGUGAUGAGUCUCGAAGAAUUUCAAGGUAUGUUAGAUGAGCUGUUUUUGCUCAGUGGGGUUUUUAAUAUCGGGGACUGGAUACCAUGGUUAGAUUUUUUCGAUUUGCAAGGGUACGUCAAGCGAAUGAAGGCCUUGACGAAAAAAUCGGAGCCAUUUUAUGAUUAUGUGCUUAACGAACACAAGGCAGAGAGUGGAGGAGUGGAGGAUUAUGUAGCAAAAGACAUGGUGGAUUCACUGUUGCAGCUUGUUGAUGAUCCUGAUCUAGAAGUUAAGCUCACCAUUGAUAGUGUCAAGGCAUUCAUCCAGGACCUAAUUGCAGGAGGGACUGAUACCUCCGCAACAACUUUGGAGUGGGCAAUGUCUGAACUGAUAAAACAACCUAACCUCAUUACAAGGGCGACGGAGGAGCUCGAUAGAGUAAUCGGAAGAGACAGAUGGGUGGAAGAGAAAGACAUUCCACAACUUCCUUAUAUAGAAGCAAUCAUGAAAGAGACGAUGAGGAAACACCCAGCGGUUGUCUUGCUUCCACCACAUUUGGCUCUUGAAGAUUGCAAUGUGGCUGGUUUUGAUAUUCGUAAAGGGUCAAGAGUGUUUAUAAACACAUGGAGCAUAGGGCGAGACCCUUCAGUGUGGGAAGCACCAGAGAAGUUCAACCCGGAGAGGUUUUUGGAAAACAAGGGAAUCGAUGUGAGGGGACAAAGUUUCGAAUUGUUGCCAUUUGGUUCGGGAAGGAGAAUGUGCCCUGGUUAUAGCCUUGGAUUGAAAGUUAUUGGGUCUUGUUUGGCCAACAUGCUACAUGGAUUCAACUGGAAAUUACCUGAAAACAUGAAAAUAAAAGAUCUGGGGAUGGAAGAAGCUUCUGGAUUGGUAACGCAUAGGAAGUUCCCACUUGUUGCAGUACUGGAACCCCGGCUUCCAGUCCAUCUUUAUUAACUGCGCGCGUUUUUGAAUAUGAUCAUCUGCUUGCUGAAACCAACGUCUUUAGUAUUGAAUCUUGUACGUGUACGUUCUGUUCCGCCGACAUGUGUCGAAAAAUAAGAAAAAAGAGGAGUCGAUCAAACAUGAACGAUAAGAAGAAUCGGUAAGUGAAUCGAAUGUGAAUCCAACGGAAUGAGAAGAGAACUGGUGAAUCCAACAUGAAUGAUAAGAAAGGUUGGUGCAACCGUCAAUAAUACCGAACAUUCAAGAUACUAAUAAGCCAGUUAGUCCUCAUGUCUCAGUUGUAAGUUGUAACUGACAAAGAUCAUCUCAAUAUUGUCAUAUAUUUCCUCCGAUAGCUUACUUUGGUAUAAUACCUUUGAAGCUCCUCUCAAUAUAGAAAUACAAACUGAUAGCUUAUUUUG